AAGAAGAGCAAGAGCAAGAGACCGAGUCUCGGACUCAACCGCUGGGUGCCCAAACUGCUCAACCCCGUGGAGAAACAUCGCGAUAAAGAUCACCGGAAGAAGAAGAAACACCUUCUAGCUCUCCCUCAAGGCCCUCCGGUGCUUUUCACCGUCUCAAAAGCCCCUUACAUCGAGCUAUUAGCUCGCAUUCUCUCCUUCUUGGACCCUUUGGAGCCCGCCCGAGUGACUGCGUACGUGAACAAGGCCACGGCUGCUGGUGUCAAAGCAUUCUACGAACUGUAUUGCCCUCCUCCAAGACCACGACGAUAUCUCGUCCACCGCCUACUGGAGAACCGUCAGAGCGAUUUUCCAGCUAAAGUGAUGGAGUUGUUGCCGAUCCACGAUCGAGUCUGGGCUAGUGCUAGCUGUUUCUCCUUCUACGAAGCUUGCAACGCGUUGCCGCUAGAGUUUGAGAACGCUCAAGGAGUGAAGAAGUUCCUUGUUGCGUAUGAAUUUCCACGUACGAGUCGCAUUCACAAUCGCUUUGGUAAGACGCCAGCUCUUGUGUUUAAUGAAGCCGACGCGGUGGAUGUGGUGAAGGUCAUUCAGCUGCUGGAGAGAGGAAGCGACGGCGAAGAUGACGAUCCUGACGACGAUAGCGACUGCUUUGCAGCUGUGAAGCAGAUCUCACUCUAUAAAGUGACUGGGCUGAGUGCUGACAGAGGGAAGUCCUUCGAGCAGCUCUUGCAGACUCUGUUCAUGGAUCAUGUGAGCUCCCACUUAUCGCUGGAAGACUUGCAGUUUAAGCAUCUUGCUAGGCUAUGGCGAGACGCGUGCUUUCCAGCACUUCGACGUCUGAGUCUAGCUAACAAUGCAUUCAGCAGUCGCUAUGUGAGGGACUGGAGCUGGAGCUUUGAGAACGAAAGGUUCUUGAAGCUAGAGGCGAUCGACGUAUCCAGU